AUCUACCAUGGCCGCGGGAGCUUUGAAUCGCGACGACAUCCUCCGGCUUCUUACCAACGCGCCGGAGGGCAGGCCCCUGCCUUUGGUUUAUCUGCUGGACGACGACGUGAAUCCUUCGAUGAGGGUGACGGCCUUCCUCUUGAAGCACCGGGCCGGUGGCUUCAUGGUCGCCCUGCCCAACACUCAUGCGGUGUCUGGCAUUGUGACGGGCUUGUCCGAGGACGGUGCGGAUCAGCCCUUUGGCUUUACCGAGGCCGAGGUCGCUUGCGAGACGCCUCGGCGACGACCCGUGGGCUCCGUCUCCGUGCUUCUGGUCGAUGUGCCUUGGUCGGGUCUCGAUCUGUUUCGCCGAGGCUCUUCCCUUCGCUCGAGCUCCCUGCAGCUGAUUUCGAUUCUCUCUGGUGGUGCUGUGGUCAGGCCAAUCCUGGCUGCCGCCCUUGCUGCCGCCGACGCUUGGAUCAACCAGGCCAUGGCCGAGCCGGAGCUUCAGGAAUCUAUGGGGGAAUAUGCGACGGCGGCCGAAGAAGCCGCCGAGGACGAGGUGGAUGGCGAGGGCGAGAACGAGGGCGAGGAACCGGAGCCCAACGAGGAGUUAGCUCGGCUUCGGGCCCAUAUUUUGGAACGGGCUGCUCAAAGCCAUCCUCCUCCCACCGGCGUGGGUCGCGCUUCGGGGGCUCACGGGCGCCGUGGUGCUCGACAUCUUUUCCCGGCCGGGGCUGGUACCGGGCUUUCUGGUGGGGACUUGGAGCACCUUCGCGCCGCAGCCGGGGCGCCGCCGCCGAGAAUUGCUCAGCACGAGCGGGCUCCCCGCGAGGCGGCGGUGCAGCAAGCCGACGACCUCCUCGCCGAGUUGGACUUGGAAGCCGCCCAGGACGAGCCCGCCGCUGGCUCAACGGAUCCUCUGCUUCACAGGUUGCUGCUCAUCCAGACCCGCAUGCUGAAUCAGCUUACUGCGAGUCGUCCCCAGGGGCCCUUGGAAUCUGCGCUGGCUUCAGGAGGAGCCAAAGACGACGGCAACUUGAACGCUCGCGGCAGUGCGGCUCGGGAUGCCUACGUCCGCCUGCUCAAGGACAGUGUGCAGGUGUCGUCGCAGAUCCGACGAUUGGUGGCAGAGGACCUCGGGGAGUCCGUGGAGGAUCCGCCUGCGACCUUAGCUUUGGUGGGGUCGUUCGCGGCUCAUGCCUGGCAGCGGGCCCGGGAAACCGACAACGGCGAUAUGGAAGCCUGGUUCGCGAGGUUGAUCUUGUUUGUCGAUCAGGCUGGGACCGAGAACGGAAGGUCUCAACUCGCGUGGUUGUUGUCCGGCCUGCCGGGGCCAAGCUGGUCCACUAUGAUGCGCCGCAAGAGCGGCAUCAAGCCGUUUGCCAAGAGCUGCCCGUCCCUGUGGGCUUCAGCCAACCUGGCGUAUCUUCGCGUUCGCGAGAUGGACUGGCUGUCCAGCAAGAUUUCCAGCAGCGGCGGCGGCGAUCCUCCGAAGGAUGGUGGAAAGGACGCAGCCGCAACCGAGGAGAACGACCCACCUCAGCGAUUUGUGGCCUGUCCCGAUGCCUUCGCGGGCUCGAUGGACGGCUCAUGCUGUCCCUGCACACCCCCACCAGUUGCUUGUGCUGGCGGCGCACCGGUGUCUGAUGAGCAGCACCUGGUUCUUGAGACGCUUGAACGACACAGUUUGCACUUUUUGAGAGCUGGCCCACUCAGCACCGCAUCGCUUGGACGGUCGGCCGAAAAGUACAACCUGCUCGCAAGCAUGGCCGAGGAACUGCCGCAGACCGACACCCGUCGGAUUUCGGAUGUGGACAGCAUGCUUGCCAAAUUCAUUGAUGCACUUCAGGGUGGUUGGGAUCCUUACUCCCGCCCCCGUCGUUCUACCCCUGCGCCUUCCAACAUUGCAUCGUCGACUCAGGCCGCAGCUUCUGGAGAGGCUGGCGUCAGCGCUGCAACUUCGGUCCAUUGCACCCGUGCCGAGUUACUGCGGCUUGCCGCCAAAUGGGAUCAACACAAGGACUCUGAUUUCGAUAGAUUCAUUAUCAACCCUGUGGUGGCAAACAGUAGGAGUACGCCGCUUAUCGCCGGGCUUAUCCCAGAGCUGCGUGCGUCGCCGGAGCCUCACUUCGUGACACCCAGGCAUCGGAUUGGAGUUCUGAUGCGCGUCACGUGCAUCGUUGCUCGGCCGGCUUUGGCCGUCCUGCAAAGCGUGUUGGCUGAUGUCCGCCGAACACCACGGGAUGUGAUCUUUCAGUUGGAACGUGAUUCGGUGAACGAGCUUUUCGCUCUCUGUGCCUUGGCACCUUUGUUGCAAACAGACUGGCGGGUCGACUACCCGAAUCUUCUCUUUUGCAUGGACGCUUCGCCUACGGGCGCCGGCUUAUGCGCUGCUGCGCUGCCUCGCGACGUCGUCAAAGAGCUUUGGCGCUACUCUGAGCAGAAAGGUUUUUACACAAAGCUUCUCGAGCCUGCAAGUGCUAUCCUUGCGGCUGCCGGUCUCGAUGAGGAUCCUGGUGUGGGACUUGUUGAGGAUUUGGGUGAUGCAAACGUUGCUGGAUUAAGCUUCGGCUCCGAACCGCUGCCCUUGAAGCGUCCUCUCUCGACGACUGGGGGCUUUCUGCACUUGUUUCUCCCAGGUUCUACCUGGGACCAGGCGCAUGAGGCAGCCGGCCUCGCGGCUGUCCCUUUGACCGACCCGCGCCUUCCGAACGAGCUGCACUUCACUGCUUUGUCGUCGGAUGCCGUGUUUCACGGCCUUCGGGAUCUCAUCACCAGCGGGGCGGUGUUCGAUCUACAUGUUUCUGCCCCUGCCCUCUCUUUUCUCCCGCGUGGUCGCUUCAAGGCCCGCUCUGAGGCGGAUCCUUCUGCAGCCUGCCGCGAUAGUGGGGAUUUGGCUCUGCACAACCAGUUGGCUCGCCGCCUGUGCUUCCUUUUGUGCAUUGCAGCGUCUUGCGGCGUUUACUUCAGUGUUGCACAGCCCGCCGCCAGCUUGAUGUUCCGUCUUCACUGCUUUCGUAGCCUGGUCGCCUGCGGUGCUGUGUUGUCUUACGCCUGCGCUUGUGACUUCGGCGCUCCCUUCCGACGGCCUUUGGCCCUCCUUCGCAACAAGCCUUGGCUCUUGGAGCUUGGUGAGUGGGGCGGUGUUUGUCGGUGUCCCCCUGGUGCCUCGCACUUUCCGGUCACAGGGUCCUUCUCUCACGUUUCAGCGGGGCGUUUCGAGACUCUGUGCUCCCCGUCUGCUACGGCGAUGUUUGGGCGCUCUCCUCGUGCGGGCGAGUUGGUUUCAAGCUACUGCGCCGAGUACCCGCGUCCCGAACCCUCCUUCCUUGACACCGUCGUUUUCGAGCCCAAGUCUUUUCACGACGAUCCUGAAUGGAUCGGCGAACUGGCAGACUGCUUGGAGUUCGUUGAGCUGCUUCGCUAUAAGUUCGCGGCACCGGGCCAUAUCAACGUUCUUGAAAGCCGUGCUUACAAGACUUGGAUCAAGUGGUGCGCUAAACGGCAUCCUCGAUGCCGCUUGCUUGGGCUCAUAGACAGCCGCGUUCUUUUGGGCGCGGCUGCUAAGGGCCGUUCUGCUAGCAGCGCGUUGUGCCGGGUUUUGCGCUCGACUCUUCCCUACGUUCUGGGCUCGGCCUUGUACCCCGGUGGACUUCACGUGUACUCUGCUCACAACCGCGCUGACGGGCCUUCUCGUGGUGCUCCUCCGUUGCCUCCUUCAAAGGCUUGGCCGUCCUGGCUUGUGUCUCUCGCCGCUGGUGACACUGCUCCUUUUGACCUGGUCUGCGCUUCGGCCUCCGUUCCUCGGCGGCUCGGUCGUUGGGUUCGCCUGCUACUUUUGCUUGCUGGCGAUGUCGAGCGGAACCCUGGCCCUCGACAUGCCGGCGGCCCCCGUGGCAGCCUCGACUUGCAGUCCGGUUUUGCGGCUUCCACUCGGCAGAAGAUGGCUAAGGCCUUGCAAGCUUUCGUUGUGUGGCUUGAGGGGGUUUACGGCCUAACUUUGGCCGCUGUCACUGGCUCCGCUUCGACCGCUGCCCUCGCUUUGCGUGCCUUUGGUCUUCACCUUUACUCCGGUGGCUACCCUCGUUACCUCCUCGUGUACGCGAUCACAUCGAUCCAAGACCAAUAUCCCGAAUUCCGGUCCCACCUGUCUCCGGCCUGGCACGUCGACCGAAAGUGGCAACUGGCCGAGCCAGGGGAAUGCCGCCCCGUCAUUUCUCAGCCCAUCCUUCAGGCUGCCGUUGCCUUAGCAAUCUGCUGGGGAUGGUUUGACUGGGCCGCCAUCACUUGUGUCGGCUUUCUCUGCAUGCUUCACCCCUCGGAGAUGAUCCCACUUCUUCGUCAGGAUCUCGUCUUCCCUGCGGACGCUUUAUCUCCGGACCCUGUUGCCUAUGUCCACAUUCGCAACCCUAAGACUCAGCGCUUCGCGCGUCGCCAACACUCCCGCUUGGAAGACCCUUCCGUCCUAGCGCUUCUCCAUGCGCUGUACUUUGAUUUCCCUUUGUCCGCUCGGCUCUUUCGGGGAUCAAUGCACGUGUACCGACGGCAGUGGAACGCCAUCAUGGCGAGGCUCGGAGUGCCUCACCAACUUGCCCAGCGAGGAGCUACUCCCGGUGUCCUUAGGGGCUCCGGGGCCACUUUUCUCUACCUUGAGACAGAGGACCUUCCUCUUGUGGCUUGGCGGGGAAGAUGGAGCAAGACGAAGACUGUCGAGUUCUACCUUCAGGAAGUAGCAGCCCAGCUGUUGCUACACAGGUUGCCCUCGUGGUCGCGCGAGCGCAUUCGCACUCUCGCCUCCUUCUCGCGAUGCCUCAUUGAUCAUGUCAUCGCUUCUUGUGGCAAUCGCCAAGUAUGCUAG